ACUGAUUUACCAUGGCAACUAGAGCCGCGUACUUUUCCCCGUCGGAAGCACAAAUCCUCAUGGAGGCAUACGAGGAGGUAAAAGAUAUAAUUAAGAAGAAAGGCAACACCGCCACAGUGAUAAAGCAAAGAGAAAAAGCGUGGCAAAGUAUUGCAGACCGCCUGAAUGCAUUAAACAUGAACGGGCCAAAACGGACAUGGCAGCAGGUCAAAAUCAAAUACAAGAACAUUCUGCAGAAUGCAGUGAAAAAGAAUACCCACAGACAAGGCACGGGUGGUGGGUCACCAAAGGCUGACCUUACCCCAGCAGAGGACAUGGCCUUGGAGCUAAAUAAAGGCAGGCCCGUCUUAGAGGGGAUCCCUGGGGGGAAAGAGACGAGCAUAGGUUCCUCCCAAGAUGCCACCCGCUUCAUUCAAGUGUCUGGCAGCACUGUGUUCCUGUUAGAGCCACCAGCACAAGCACCAGACGAUGCUGAUCCAGGUGAAAGUCCCAGUGCAGCAGCAACAGCACAUGAUGGAGAUGAUGAUGAGGAGGAGACCAUCUCUCUGGAUUCCAGAAGGCAUGAGGACCCAGAUGCUAUACAGUGGGAAAACCAGCCUGGCAACAUAAGCUCACAAGCUAUCAGAAAGUUGUAUGGCAACCACCUCCGGCGCCAAAUAGAACUGGCAGACAUAGACAUUCAGUACAAGAAGAAAAAGAUAGAAAAUCUUGCACUGGAGUCCGAAAUAAAAAAGAGGACAAUUAGGAAACUGGACCUUGAAAUAAAAAAACUUGAGAGGGAGGUGAGAUAUGCCUUCAAUGUACACUGUAUGCUAACUGUAACACAAAUGUAUUAAUCAUUAUUUUUCUUUCCUCCCCCAGCUCCAAGAAGAUGACACAGCUCAAAAUAAAAAUUAGGUAUAUUCUCGUAAAGUCAAGUGAGCCAUGAC